AUGUACUCCGAAGACCUGAUGAGGAGGUUUGGACUACACGAAUGGUUUCACGUCGAGCAAGGAUUCGGCCGUGUGUGGGCGCGUUUCCCCCCGUGCUCCGUCUUUGGGCCGCUGCUCUUCGACAGCGGCGAGCACUAUCGCGAGCCGAGAUGCUACGUCAAAAUCUGGGUCCACGACAUUGCCGCGAGGAACGGCGCCGGGCUCGGCCUUGCGCCACGGAACUUCGCCUCUAUCCCGUCGCAGGGAUGGACUCUCGACCACCUCGCCUUUCUGACUACCGCGGUCGGCCUCGACGAGAAGGACAACCAGGGCCUCUCGCUGAUGCACGCCGCAAUUCUGGACCGGAGGCCGGACAUUGUCCGACAACUCGUUGUGCGCGGGGCAGAGGCAUCGCACUGGGUCCGAGGGAGACGUUUCUCCCUCUUCCACUUUGCAACGGCGGUCGGGUGCCGCGACCGUUACCUGGAGCUGCGCUCGCACCCGGGCCUCGCGCCGGCGGAGGAGGUCCGGGACCGAAACGGGAUGCUGCCGCUGCACGUCGCCGCUCUGCACGGGCAUGCGCGCGUGGUCGAGGCUAUCCUGUUGGCAAACCGCCAUGACGUAGACUACGUCAAUCGAGAGGCGCUCGAGUCGGGAUCAACCCCGCUGUUCCUAGCCAUUGCCUACCCGGAGGUUGGCGACGCGGCCGAGUUUUUAGCACGAUAUCCGGGCGUCAGGUUUACCAGAGUCUGUGGCAUAGGACGGACGGCUUUGCAUAUGGCGGCGUCCCAUAGGAGAUACCCCCUCUUUCGUUACCUUCUUUCCGUCGUGCCCGGGGGGCUGAUCAACGCGGAGGACGCGAACGGCGAGACGCCGCUGCACAUGCUUGCUCGCUACGGCGAUCGAGAGACGAUGGAAGCGGCGCCGGGGGGUUCGGAGAUCGACCCGGACUCGGCGGCGGGCGAUGGGGCCACGCCACUUGCCAAUGCCGUGAUGGAGGCUAGGGUGGAUGCGGUAAAGAUCCUUGCCGUCCGACGGGGGGUCGAUAUCAGAGCGUUGCGGCGACCCUUUGGGCCGCUUGACAUGUCGCCUUUGGAUUACGCAAAGCAAGGGGCAGAAAGGAAAGAUGUGGGUGUCGAGUAUGUCGAGGUUUUGGAGUUUCUGAGGGUGUGUUUCAAGGGACUUGGGGAGAAUCUGGACGAGUGCCAGUCGGAUGGACAGGAUGGAGAGACAUGA